AUGUGCCCAGAAGUAAAAGUUGUGCGGGUUCGACUGAUUCAGCUGCAAACGAAGAAUCAACAAGGAGUAGAGCAGCCUCUAUGCAAAUACGAUGGACUGCGUAUUCCGUUUCAUCUACGCAAGAAAGUAGAAGAUGAGCUGGAACGUUUGGAGCGGCUGGACGUCAUAGAGAAAGUUUCCGGUCCGACUCCGUGGGUAUCACCAGUGGUGAUUGUCCCAAAGAAAGAAAACGGUGAAAUCAGAUUGUGUGUGGGCAUGAGAUUACCGAACAAAGCCAUUAUGCGUGAACGACAUCUGAUUCCCUUAAUGGAAGAUAUUUUGGCUGACAUCAAUGGCUCGAAAUUCUUUACGGUGUUAGAUCUCAAACAAGCAUACCAUCAGCUGGAGUUAGACGAAGAUUCGAGAUAUAUUACAACUAUUUCGACGCAUGUGGGUGUGUUCAACGUGAGUGAUGAUAUCCUCAUCCAUGCGCCUACUGAACAAGAACAUGAUAACCGCUAUGCUGAGGUGAUCAAACGGUUGGAGAGCAAACAGCUGACAAUUAAUGGCAAGAAGAAAAAGCUUAAGCAAUCACGUGUGAAGUUUUUUGCCCUAGUGAUUGGUGCUGAAGGUGCUGAGGUUGACCAACAAAAAGUGUCGGCAAUUGAAAACUUUACGAGACCACAGUCAGUGUCAGAAGGGAAGAGUUGUAUUGGCAUGGCCAGCUAUCGUAGCAGAUUCAUCAAGAAUCAUGCCGAUUUCACAGAACCACUUCGUAGACUUACAACGAACGAAGCAAAGACUCAAUUCGUGUGGAAUGAGCAAUAUGAAAACACCUUUCAGAAGUUGAAACAGGCGUUGGGCAACACCAGGAAGUUAGCAUUCUUCGACCCAGAGUUGAAAAUGGAACUGAUAGUGGACGCGAGUCCUAAGGGACUGGAUGGAAUUUUGGCCCAAGUUAAUAAUAAAGGGGAACGUCAGAUCAUUGCUUACGCUAGUAAAGCACUGGACGCAACGGAAAAAAGAUACUCACAAAUCGAACGUGAAGCUUUAGCAAUAAUCUGGGGUUGUGACCAUUUUCAGAUCUAUUUGCUUGGAUCUCAUUUUACAGUAGUGACUGACCACAAACCUCUCGUGAGCAUCUUUAAUAACCCGACAUCGGCAUUAAGUGCUCGUCUAGAACGUUGGGUGCUGCGAAGACAACCGUUUGAGUUUACAGUUGCGUACAAGCCAGGUGCUGACAACGCGGCGGAUUCUUUAUCAAGACAUCCGAAGAAUACUUGUCUUUGUAAACAAGCGGAAGUUGGAAAGGAAUUCGUCCGUUUUGUUAGCUGCCAAGCAUUACCAGUGGCACUCUCUGCGGCAGAAAUUUCCAAAGAAACUAGCAAGAAUAUGGAUUUUCAAUUGAUCAAGAAGUCUAUUAUCACGGGCAAGUGGUAUCCCCUGACUUCGGACUUAAUGAAAGCUUAUCACAAAAUUAGGCAAGAGUUGACGGUGUCGGAGAAUGGUGUAAUUUUGAGGGGAACAAGAAUUUGUGUUCCACCGUCUCUACAGAAACAAGUUCUCAACCAAGCCCACGACGGACAUAUGGGCAUGAACAAAACUAAAGCUUUGUUACGAACUAGAUUGUGGUUUCCUCGGAUGGACGAAGCGGUCGCGAAAAUGGUCCAAAACUGUCUUCCGUGUCAAGCUGCGACAUUAACUCCACCAAAAAGGCACCCGAUCAAGAUGUCUCCUUUGCCAGAUUAUCCCUGGCAACAGCUGAGUUUAGAAUUUUCUAGUUUGCCAUCGGGUGAAGAAUUGAUGAUCUUGAUUGACGACUAUUCAAGAUUCCCAGAAAUUGAAAUCGUUCCGUCUACAGCUAGUCACCAUGUUAUUCCAAAGCUGGACAAGCUAUUAUCGUCGUUUGGAAUUCCUGAGGUCAUUCGCACGGACAAUAGUCCACCUUUUAAUGGAAAGGAAUUCUAUAAUUUCAGUCUACAGCUAGGAUUCAAGCAUCGGAAAAUAACACCAAGAUGGCCGGAGGCCAAUGGGCUGGUAGAGCGGUUUAUGAAAACAGUCGCUAAAGUGAUUCGGACUGCAGAAAUUGAAUGCAAAGAUUGGAGACGCGAGUUAUACCGUUUCCUGAGGAAUAAUAGAGCUACGCCGCAUCCCGCCUUGAAGAAAUCACCGUACAGCAUCCUGAUGGAACGGGAACCAAGAACUUUGCUGCCUGACGGACGCAGAGUAUAA